AAGCAAGUGGCAUAACGGAAGAAGAAGCCGUAUCGAUUAGAGUGCUAAUUAAAAUCAUCUAUCAGAAACGAUUUAAUAUUGGAAAUUCUUUCAUCGAAUCGUAUUAUACCGAUCGAAAUAAUGCAAGAGAGUGGAAAUAAUGAGAAUUGUCAAGUCGAAUAUCUAGAAACUCCCGUCAAAUCGGAGAAUGACAAGAAGGAAUAUAGAGCGAUCAGAUUACCAAAUGGUUUAGAAGUUUUGCUAAUAUCCAAUGAUGAUUCAAAGACAAGCUCUUCUCAACAUCAAGAUAUGAAAAAUGAAAUGAAGGCAGCAUGUUGCUUAAGUGUGAAAACAGGAUUUUUCAAAGAACCACCAGAAUUUCCAGGCAUAUCAUUUUUCUUCGAGCAUAUCCUUUUGGCUGAAUUCAAAAAAUAUUGCCAAAAACAUAAUUUAAUAGAACUCGAUAAACAUGGAGGCAGUUGUAAUUACUUUUUUCAUUACAUCGAAUAUACAUCGUUCUUCUUUGAUAUUCAAAAGGAAUACUUUUUAUCAGUUCUCAUUCGUUUUGCUGAAUUUUUCACUAACCCUCUACCGGAAAAAGAUGCAUUUAUGCAGAAUCGAAACGACAUAAAAAAAGAAUUUCAGACAGCUUUAAAUUUAGCCAAGAACAGAGUUCCUCAACCACAGCUUUCCUCCUUUACGCGAACUGAUCAUCCAAUCAACAAGAUUACUGAGGAUCGUAUUAUAAAAGUGCACGAAAAUUUGGAUUACACGAAAUUAUAUGAAGAGCUACACAAAUUCAAAGAGCGCCAUUAUAGUGCUCGCAUAAUAAAGCUGGUUAUACAGGCAAGAUUACCGCUGAAUACAUUGGAGCAAUAUGUCACAACUGAUACGUGUUUUGUUAAUAUACCAACUCUCGAUGACUCUACCGAAUUAAUAAAAAAUGAUAUUCCUUUUGAUACUGCCGCUUUUCAAAGAAUGUAUAAAAUUUCUGCUUCGAAACAUGAAGAACAACUAGAAAUAACAUGGGCCAUGCCUUCGCAAUUGGCUUUAUAUAAAAGUAAACCAUAUCGAUAUAUCGCAUGGCGUAUUGGAAAUGAAGAAAUAGGUUCCCUAAUUUAUUAUCUACGCGAAAAAUUAUGGAAUAUUUCCAAUAAGAAAAUUUGUUACGAUAUACAUACUAUCGCGUACAGCUUAGUCAAGAUUAGUAUAGGUCUCUCCAGUAAAGGAAAACAACAUAUAAAGAAGAUACUAGAUACGAUAUUUUCCUAUAUCAAUUGGUUAAAGAAAGAAGGUCCGCAGAAAAAAAUUUACGACGAAUUUAGUCAGCGUUCAGAAAAUAAUUUUAGAUAUCUUGAUGAAGAAAAUCCAAUGGAUAAUGUGAAGGAUUUAUGUAUAAAUUUGCACCUCUAUCAGUCGCGCGAUUAUAUAACUGGAAGCAAAAUUUAUUUUGAAUAUGAUCCAAAAGCUAUAACAAACGUUUUGAAUUAUUUAACGCCAGAGACUGCAAAUAUUAUGAUUUUCGACAAUGACUUUGGCAAUCUAACAUUAGAUAAACUCGAUUCAUGGUCGAAAACGUAUACAGACAUCGAGGUACCACAUGAAUGGCUCGAACAUUGGAAAUCCAUCAAGCCAUUGCCAGAUUUUUAUUUACCGGAGGCUAACCUUUAUGUUGAAUAUUCUUUAGAAUUACCUGCAAAAGUUCCAAAAUAUCCUGUAAAAUUGUACAGUAAUAAUAUAGCAGAGCUUGCCGCUCUCAUGACAAUGUACUGCAACAUAUUAAAACUACAAGCGGUGGAAGAAUUACAUCCAGCUGUAAAGAGUGGGUUAUACACCUAUGACAUCAGUCUUAGUGAGAAAGGAAUUAUAACAAAAAUAUCCGGACCUAUGCCAAUUUUGUUGUUGUCAAUUAUAAUAAAAUAUAUGAAGUAUUUGGAUGUUACAAAGGAAAUGUUCGAAAUAAUCAGAGAUCAACAAAUUAAUCUCUAUCAUGAUACAUUCACUAAACCUGGGAAACUCGCUGAUACGAUGCAAUCGAAUAGAGUCUUUCAGUUACUCUUGGGCACAAGUUAUUACAAAUUGAAAAAUAUCAACAAACGUGAUCCAACUUCCGUUGUGGUAAAUACUUAUCAAAUCGAUGUCACGUCAAUUGAGCUAUCAGUAUUAAUGAGACUAAUGAUUAUGAUAAUGAAAAAACAAUUGUCAAUGCAAUGUGAAUUAAAAAAUCAAGAUAAUCUUAUACAAGAUAUUUCAUGCGACUGUACAGAUGUCGAUGGGAUUUUAGAAUAUUCUGUUAGUACCACUUAUUCAGUAGAAAAUAAAUUAUACACAACUGAGGACAUUGCGAAGUGGAUGGAUGAAUUUCUGGUAUUUUUUAGAGAAUUUUUGAAUAAAUUCUCAGAAAAUGACUUAGAUGAUGUGAAGGAAAGAUUUAGAAUAUUUAAGCAACAUGCUGAUAUGAAUGUUAGAGAAGAAAUUAACAGAAACUGGGAUGAGAUCAUGAAGUGCGAAUACAUGUUUGACAGACACGAGAGAGAAAUACUUGCAUUAAACAAAAUAAAAAUAAACGAACUAAGAGAAUGGUUUGAUAAGUACACGCGGGACGAAAAUUAUAUGAGACAAUUGAGUGUACAUAUUGUAGGAAGUAAAUCCGACAAAAUGCCAUCCAUUGCUGUGGAAUAUAUAAUCGACGAACAUCAACAUAAUGACGAAGAAAAAUAUAUUACUAAAGUAGGACAAUACAAGAAAAACCUUUACGCUUAUCCAGCAUUUGAAGGAUACUCGAAUUAG